AUGAGCGGGCACUACAAUGGCGUUAGAGAAUUUAUUCAAGAAGAACUCCCACAAACAGUAUACACCCAUUGUCAUGCACAUUCUUUAAAUUUGGUGAUAUCAGAUGCUUCAAAAUGCUGCAUCCAAGUACAAGAUCUAUUUUGCCUUUUAAAACUUACUACCUACUGCAUUCAUAAGUCGGUCAACAAAAGAACAAAUUUAUGGAAAGGUUUGUCAUCUACCAAAAUUGGAUUAGAAAGACUUCGAAAAUUGCAAAAAGUUGGAGAUACCCAUUGGAAUAGUAAAGAUGCAGCUUUAUAA